AUGAGUGCUCUAGCGGUAUUACAUGUGGUUGUUGACAUCUAUGUACAAUCAGACAAAGCUGAACGUGUUAAAAAACUUCUUUAUGAUUUAGCUAGUCAGGCGAAGAGAGAAGAAGGUUGUAUGAGAUACCGUUUAUGUGAAGAUUUAGCAGAUAAAACACAUCUUAUAUGUAUUGAACAAUGGGAAACGGAAUUAGCUUAUGAAGAUCAUCUGAAGACAGAGCACAUCAAAAAAUGUGGUGAAGAAUUGAAAGAUGAUCUUGCAAGUCCAGCCGAAGUUCGACGAUACAAAAUUGUACAAAUAGAGAGUACUGUGAAGAAAGAGACAACAACUAAUUCAAGUGGAUUUUGUAAUAUUCUCUGA